UUAGAAACAACAACAGAAACAGUAGCAGAAGUAGUAGCAGAAGUGAUAACAGAAGCAGCAAUGGCAGAAGCAGAAACAAUAGCAGAUGCAGCAACAGCAGAAACAAUAGCAGAAGCAACAACAACAGAUGCAGCAACGGCAGAUGCAGCAACAGCAGAAUCAGCAAUGGCAGAAGCAGCAAUGGCAGAAGCAGCAGCAGAAUCAACAGCAGAAGCACCUUAG